UUGCGACUAACUUCAAGUUGUUGCUUUUAAUGGCUGAUUGUUCAGGUUUUUGCUCAUUAAAAACUGUCAUUUUUUUCUUCAAAAAUAACACUAAAACCACGUUUUCUGAAGACAAAACAUCAUGGAUUCCCAAUCUUACGAAAAUGAUGAAGAAUACGUUUCUAAACCAAGUUCUAAACAGAGCAAUGUAUUACAAUUGUGGGGCAACGAACGGACUAUGAAUUUAAACCCCUUAAUUCUCACUAACAUACAAAGCAGUCAUUAUUUCAAAGUAAAUUUAUACGAAUUAAAAACUUACCAUGAAGUCGUCGAUGAAAUAUAUUAUAAAGUAACCCACUUAGAACCAUGGGAAAAAGGAUCGCGGCGUACAUCAGGUCAAACUGGGAUGUGCGGAGGUGUCCGAGGCGUUGGAGCCGGAGGAAUUGUUUCCACAGCUUACUGCUUACUUUACAAAUUAUUCACCUUAAAAUUAACUCGAAAACAAUUAAAUGGAUUGAUAACGCAUUGUGAUUCGCCAUACAUAAGGGCUUUGGGGUUCAUGUAUGUGAGGCAUGUGUUGCCCCCGGCGCACCUACUCGAUUGGUACGGACCGUACCUCGAAGAUGAAGAGGAGCUGGAUGUAAAAGCCGGUGGAGGUCAAAAUAUGAGAAUUGGGACGAUGUUGAGACAAUUUUUGGUUGAAUUGAAUUGGUACGGGUCGUUGUUUCCGAGAAUUCCAGUACCAAUAGAACAAAAAAUACAAAAAUUUUUGAAAGACAAAUAUCCCGUUCAACAACAACAACAACAACAACCACCACAAGCUAUGCCAAUGAGAGAGCGAGAACAAAGAAGUGAUUGGCAAAGAUCAGAUCGUGAUUGGAAAGAAGAAAAAAGAGAAGAAAGGGAUAAAGAUAGAGGUUAUAGGGAUGAUAGGGAAAGGAAUCGAGAAAGAAAUCGUGAUGAUCGGAGGACUGGUAGAGAACAUGAUCACAAACAUAGAGAUUACCGGGAUAGGUCACCUAGAAGAGAAAGAAAUAGCAAUGAUGAGCGUAACCGUGAAAGAUCUCAUAGACAUAAUAGUCGGGAUAAAGAGUACAAACAUAGGAGAGAUCGUUACCAUUGAUGUUUACAAAGAUAAAGUUGAGAACCGUCUGUUUAAGUUUAGGUUCAAUGAAUUUUUUUUUUAUGCCGAAGUAAAAUUAUGAAAAGUUAUUUUAUAAGUUUCUUUUUUCCUAAUU